AUGAUCAAGACUCGUCAGAAGCCCGCCACGAAGGGUGGCACUCGGAUGAUGUUUGGCAAGGAGGUGCAGGUCAAGGCGCAGAAGGAGCGGCAGGAUUUUGAGAAUGACUUGCUGGGCCACAUGAGCGCGGUGAACAAGUUCAAGGACAACGGAAAUCUGAAGGAAGUGGACAACUACGCAAUAAAGAUAGACUGGCUGAAGGAAGAGCUGCAGAAGUGUCAGAACACUGCAGAGCAGUACCGUGCGAAGGAGGUUAUGCUGGGGUGGGAUCCGAGCGAGUUCGAGAAGCUCACCGAGGCCAUUGAGAAGCUGCACCCCUACGACGACCUCUGGGAGCUGGCUAAACGCUUCACCAACGAGGAGAAGAAGUGGAUGAGAGGACCUCUCUUCCAGCUUGAACCGGAGGCAGUUGAUUCUCUGGCCGGCAGCUUGGCAAAGAGGGCCAUGAAGCUGCAGGGCUUCUUCGAGACGAACAGCCUGCCGAUCCCUGCGGGCGUGGCGAAAAAGCUCAAGAAGGACCUGGAUGCCUUCAAGCAGCAUCUGCCGCUCAUCCACGCCCUUUGCAAUCCAGGUCUCCGCCAGCGGCACUGGGACGAGAUUUCGGAGGUCGUUGGCUUCACCAUGGAGCGGGAUGCCGCUUUCACCCUCAGCAGAGUGGUGGACAUGGACGUGGGUACGCACAUGAAUGCACUGCAGGAGAUCUCCGACUCUGCAUCCAGAGAGUACGGACUGGAGAAGACCCUGGAGUCCAUCUACGAGCAGUGGCAGCCCGUGAACUUCGAGCUCAAGCCGUGGAAGGACACGGAGACGUACAUCGUUGCUGCGACGACUGUCGACGAAAUGCAGAGUCUCAUGGAUGAUCACAUCAUAAAGGUCCAGACCAUGAAAGGCUCGCCCUACGCCAAAGCCUUCAUGGACAAGAUCACUUCGUUGGAAUCCUGGCUCCUCCAGACGCAGGAGAUCAUGGACAUUUGGCAGAAGGUGCAAGGCGUCUGGCUCUACCUCGAACCCAUUUUCUCUUCUGGGGAUAUUGUCAAGCAGAUGCCGACAGAGGCCGGGAUUUUCAAGCAGGUGGACAUGGAUUGGCGCACUACCAUGGCGGCAGCUUUGGAGGCCGGCAAGGCGAUGGAGGCGACAAAGGCACCUGGGCUCCUGGAGUUGUUGCAGAGGUGCAAUGCGAACUUGGACACCGUGCAGAAGGGCUUGAACGACUAUCUGGAAACGAAGCGAAAAGCCUUCCCUCGCUUCUUCUUCCUGUCGAAUGACAACCUGCUGGAGAUCUUGUCGGAGACGAAGGACCCCACGCGCGUGAAUCCGCACAUGAAGAAGGCUUUCGAGGGCAUCCAAAGCCUCGAGUUUCAGUCUGCAGAUCAGCGAAUCACCGCCAUGAUGUCCUCGGAGAAGGAGUCGGUGCCAUUGGUGGAUGCGGUGGAUCCGCACGCAGCAAGCGGUAACGUGGAGAAGUGGCUCGUCCAGGUCGAGGCGGCGAUGAUCCAGACCAUUCGUCACGUUUGCCUUUCGUCGGAGAAGGACUACAUGGAACGGAAGUUCACCGACUGGCUUCGGCAGUGGCCUGGACAGGCCGUCAUCGCCAUCUUUUCCCUCUUUUGGACCCGUGAGGUGGAAGAAGGACUGCGCGAGCACGGCAACGAUGGAAUACUUCAAGUGGCAGAGAAGCUGAAGGGAACGUUGGGCGACAUCAUUGACUUGGUACGGAAUGACAUUCCUGCGCUGACGCGGUGCACACUCGAAGCCCUGAUUGUGAUUUUCGUCCACAACAAGGAUACCGUUGAGGAGCUGUGCAAGAUGGGAACCAGCAUGGUGGAUGACUUCGACUGGCUGGUCCAGCUGAGAUACUACAUCGAGGAGAAUCCAGAGAAGCCCGAGCAACUGGACCUGUUUGUGCGGAUCACAAACAGCCAUCUCGGCUACGCCUACGAAUACUUGGGCAAUUCGUCUCGGCUCAUUGUGACCCCGCUGACGGACAGAUGCUACCGAACAUGUUGUGGCGCCCUUCACCUGCUCUACGGCGCAGCCCCUGAGGGCCCUGCCGGCACUGGAAAGACCGAGACAGUCAAGGACCUGGCGAAGGCAUUGGCGCGGUUCUGCGUCGUGUUCAACUGCUCCGAUGAGCUGGACUACCUCGCGAUGGCAAAGUUCUUCAAAGGCCUGGCGGCAUCUGGCGGGUGGGCAUGCUUUGACGAGUUCAAUCGCAUCGAUGCAGAGGUGCUCAGCGUCAUCGCGCAGCAGAUCCUUUGCAUUCAGAAUGCCAUCCGGGAGAAAAAGACCACGUUCAUUUUCGAGGGGACAGAGCUGCCAAUCAUUUGGACGUGCAACUGCUUCAUCACCAUGAACCCUGGCUAUGCCGGUCGAGCCGAAUUGCCUGACAAUCUGAAGGCCCUCUUCCGGACCGUGGCAAUGAUGGUCCCCGACUAUGCCAUGAUCGCAGAGAUCAAGCUCUAUUCCUACGGUUAUGAGGAUUCGAGAUCUUUGGCGCAGAAGAUCGUGACCACCUACAAACUCUGCUCCGAACAGCUUUCAUCACAGAAGCACUAUGACUAUGGCAUGCGUGCCGUCUUCGCUGUGUUGGUCCAAGCCGGCCGGUUGAAGCGGAACAACCCUGGCCAGACGAAUGAGAGCGUGCUCAUGCUGCAGUCUGUGAAUGACGUGAACCUUGCCAAGUUCUUAGACUUCGAUGUGCCACUAUACAACGGUAUCACAAGGGACUUGUUCCCGGGCGUGGAUCUCCCCAAGCCUGAUUACUCCAUGAUGGUCGGCAAGCUCACGCUGAAUCUGGACAGCACACACUGCCAGGCCCAUCCCUACUUCAUUGACAAGAUCAUCCAAUUCUACGAGUGCCACCUCGUCCGGCACAGCGUGAUGCUGGUCGGGAUGCCGUUCAGUGGCAAGACCACGGCGCUGAAGACCCUUCAGAAGGCUCUGACCGACUUGGCGCAGGAGGGCCUCAUGCAUGCCGGAUGCGUCGUUCACCAGGCUCGUCUGAACCCGAAGUCCAUUCCGGCGCGGGAUCUCUACGGCUGCUUCGAGGAGGUUUCUCGCGAGUGGGUGGACGGCAUCGUGGCAGUCCUUUUCCGUGAAUUCGCCCGAAAUCAGACGGAGGAGAGAAAGUGGCUGGUGUUCGAUGGCCCAGUGGAUGCUGUCUGGAUCGAAAACAUGAGCCUUGUCCUGCAAAGUGAACAAAAAGCUAUGCCUCAACAGUGGCGAGAUCAUUGCUAUGUCCCCGAACAUGCGCACCAUCAUCGAGCCCAUGGCAUCAAGCUCAAAGGUCACUGCUGCACUCGUAAUGAUCGGCUUAACUUCGCUUGA